AGGAAACAGACCUACAGACAGGAAACAGACACCUACAGACAGGAAACAGACACCUACAGACAGGAAACAGACCUAAAGACAGGAAACAGACACCUACAGACAGGAAACAGACACCUACAGACAGGAAACACACACCUACAGACAGGAAACAGACACCUACAGACAGGAAACAGACCUACAGACAGGAAACACACACCUACAGACAGGAAACAGACACCUACAGACAGGAAACAGACCUACAGACAGGAAACACACCUACAGACAGGAAACUGACACCUACAGACAGGAAACAGACACCUACAGACAGGAAACAGACACCUACAGACAGGAAACAGACCUAAAGACAGGAAACAGACACCUACAGACAGGAAACAGACACCUACAGACAGGAAACACACACCUACAGACAGGAAACAUUCACCUACAGACAGGAAACACACCUACAGACAGGAAACAGACCUACAGACAGGAAACAUUCACCUACAGACAGGAAGCACACCUACAGACAGGAAACAGACCUACAGACAGGAAACACAUCUACAGACAGGAAACAGACCUACAGACAGGAAACAGACACCUACAGACAGGAAACAGACACCUACAGACAGGAAACAUUCACCUACAGACAGGAAACACACCUACAGACAGGAAACAGACCUACAGACAGGAAACAUUCACCUACAGACAGGAAACAGACCUACAGACAGGAAACAUUCACCUACAGACAGGAAACAGACCUACAGACAGGAAACAGACCUACAGACAGGAAACAGACACCUACAGACAGGAAACAUUCACCUACAGACAGGAAACACACCUACAGACAGGAAACAGACCUACAGACAGGAAACAUUCACCUACAGACAGGAAACAGACCUACAGACAGGAAACAGACACCUACAGACAGGAAACACUCCUACAGACAGGAAACACACCUACAGACAGGAAACAUACACCUACAGACAGGAAACAGACCUACAGACAGGAAACACACCUACAGACAGGAAACAGACCUACAGACAGGAAACAGACCUACAGACAGGAAACACACCUACAGACAGGAAUCACACCUACAGACAGGAAACACUCCUACAGACAGGAAACACACCUACAGACAGGAAACAUACACCUACAGACAGGAAACAGACCUACAGACAGGAAACACACCUACAGACAGGAAACAGACCUACAGACAGGAAACACACCUACAGACAGGAAACAGACCUACAGACAGGAAACACACCUACAGACAGGAAACAGACCUACAGACAGGAAACACACCUACAGACAGGUAUUAAAACUCUUGUUUCCUGUUGCUCCUCCUCCUCUGCUCCUCCUUCUUUGAUGACUCCUCCCCUCAGUCAGCUGUUCUCCACGAGGCCAGAGGCUCGUUACCCUGACACGGUGGCGUUGACCUUUGACCCCAGCAGUGGUUGGCUGUCUUGUGUGUACAACGAUCACAGUGUUUAUGUUUGGGACGUCAGAGACCUUCGUGACCCCCGCAGGGCGGGAAAACUUUACUCCGCCCUCUAUCACUCGUCCUGUGUGUGGAGCGUGGAGGUGAGAGAGCGCGCACACACACACACACACACACACACGCACACACACACCCUCCUCUGAUUGGCCACCUCUUCGGAGGCUUUGCAGGUUCGGGUUAAACCAAAACAUUGUGGGCAGACCUCAAUGUUUUGGCCCCGCCCCCUCUAUUGUGGUCAAUCAUAACCACAUCGAUCAAUCGAUCGAUCAAGGUGAGCAUCACCUCUGCUGUGUUCACAGGUGUACCCAGACAGAAGGGGGGCGGGGCAUCUGUUUGCGGGGUCGUUCCUGUCCUGCUCCUCAGACAACACCAUCCGAGUGUGGAACCUCCACACCCCCAACAGGAACAUCCUCAGCCAGGUAAAGGAGGCACCUGUACUCUGACUUAACCCCGCCCAGAUCAGCUGACCUUAUCUGACCUUUGACCUUUCAGGACCUGCAGAAGGUGAUUUAUGUUGACGAUAACGUCAGCUACCUGCUGGACUCUGAGAGUUCGCCCUCUGUCUCCGGGGGCAACACAGAGAAGGCGGGGCCAUCAGAGGGUCAGCAGACUGACCAGAACAGAACGGGCAUUAGGACCCUGAGGGUCAGUCCUGAUGGACUACACCUGGCCUCUGGAGACCGUAUGGGAGUUCUCAGGUGAGGGGGCGGGGUUUGAAUCCAGGUGUGGGAGGAGAGUCCAAGUCUGGACAGGUGACGAGUUGUCAGGUCGUUAUCAGGUUUACUGUGUGUCACCUGGAAGUUCAGGUCGUCACACGCCGGGACCGACGCAAAUAUAGAUCGUGAAAUUACGAAAUAUUCAGAGGCGAAUUUUGACGCGCCUGACGAUAAACGUCAAGACCGAUGAGGUUUUGGGACUUUCAGGGGUAAAAAAGACGCGUCCGGGUCUUCAGGUGUUAGACUGAUCCAACAGCAGACUGAGUGUUUCUCAGUUCUGAUCAGACUCUAGUGUUGAGAUGUCUGUCUGUCAUGAUGGACUGAGUCGGGUCAGAACCAGAUAAACACAUGAAACUAUAAUCCAUAAACGUGAGGGAACAACAGAGACCUGAUGGAGCUGUGACUGAGUUUACAGUGAAAAUACAGAUGGUCUGUUGUAUCUGAACAGGUUAGCUUAGAGCUAAAGUUACGUUAGCACAGAUGAAAGUUCAAACAAAGACGUUUAUCAAACUGUUAAAGCUCACAAACCAUCGUCAUCGGAGAAAUCCGACGCUAUGACUCUCCACAAGUCGUCCUUCAGGUCGUUAUCUUUGUAAUGUUUGUGUCUUUGAUCAAAAAUCACUCUGUUCUCCGACACGGAAACAAUCAGCCGGUCGGCCAUGUUGGAAAUACCGGUGAAUCUGAUGUCACAACAACACGAAAUCUGAUUGGUCAGAAGUGGACACACAGUCUGAGAAACUUUAGAAAAGUCGACCGUGAAACGAAGAAAUAAAUGCCGAAAUAUCGCAGGACGGGAAAACGUCGCUGAUGUGACGCUUGUGUUGACAGGAUAAAAAAUACUGACGUCUGAAAUAAUCGCAGGAAAAAAACUCCGGAGUAAACGUUCAAUAAAUGGAAGCUGAUUAUUUUACAUGUGUCUCUGGUUUCUCACCUUGUUUCUCACCUGGUUUCUCACCUGGUUUCUCACCUGUAUAUUAGGAUCCAUGAGGUGGAGACCAUGGAGGAGAUCCUGAACGUUCAGGCUCAUGACUCAGAGAUCCUCUGUUUGGAGUUUUCCAGACCUGACACAGGUGAGACCGCUGACACCUUGGAAAUCAGGCUUUUAUUGUGAAAGAGACACAGGAUGUAAGGACAGUAAUCUGAUAUGAACAGAUAAAUUAAUCUAAUGUAAACGGGUGAGUUUAGUCCUUAAUCUGAGAUUAACAGGUGAGUUUAAUCCUUAAUCUGAGAUUAACAGGUGAGUUUAGUCCUUAAUCUGAGAUUAACCGGUGAGUUUAGUCCUUAAUCUGAGAUUAACAGGUGAGUUUAGUCCUUAAUCUGAGAUUAACCGGUGAGUUUAGUCCUUAAUCUGAGAUUAACAGGUGAGUUUAAUCCUUAAUCUGAGAUUAACAGGUGAGUUUAGUCCUUAAUCUGAGAUUAACCGGUGAGUUUAGUCCUUAAUCUGAGAUUAACCGGUGAGUUUAGUCCUUAAUCUGAGAUUAACAGGUGAUCGUAAUCCUUUAUCUGAGAUUAACCGGUGAGUUUAGUCCUUAAUCUGAGAUUAACAGGUGAGUUUAGUCCUUAAUCUGAGAUUAACCGGUGAGUUUAGUCCUUAAUCUGAGAUUAACAGGUGAGUUUAAUCCUUAAUCUGAGAUUAACAGGUGAGUUUAAUCCUUAAUCUGAGAUUAACAGGUGAGUUUAGUCCUUAAUCUGAGAUUAACAGGUGAGUUUACCCCUUUUGACUUUCAGGUCUCCAGUUGUUAGCCACAGCCGGUCGGGAUCGACUGAUCCAUGUUCUGGACUCAGGCCGGGACUACAGCCUGGUCCAGACUCUGGAUGAACACUCGUCCUCCAUCACUGCUGUACGAUUUGCUGGUAAGUCACGUGAUCUCUGACGGCGCUCCGUUUUGAGUGGUUAUCAUGUGACGUCAUUGUGUCCUUCCUGUCUGUCAGCCAAUCAGGGGAAAGUGAGGUUGAUCAGCUGUGGAGCUGAUAAGAGCGUCUACUUCCGUACGGCUCAACAGGUAAGAGUGAUGUCACUUCCAGACAGAUGUGUUUAAUGAGACGUUUUAUUGUGAAAGAAUCAUUUCCUGUAAAUCUGACACAAAACCCUUGUCUACCUCACUUCCUGCCCCCCCCCCCCCACACACACACACACAUACACACACACACAUACACACACACCAGUGUCAGGGGGAGGAGGGGCUGGAGUUCACGCGAACUCAUCACGUGGUUCGGAAAACAACGCUGUAUGACAUGGACGUGGAGCCAAACAGGAAGUACACGGCAGUGGGCUGUCAGGACCGCAGCAUCAGGUGAGGAAGAUGAAGAUGAAGAUGAUGAUGAUGAUGAUGAUUUUAAAGAUAAUGAUGAUGAUGAUGAUGAUGAUGAUGAUGAUGAUGAUGAAGAUAAUAAUGUAGAUGAUGAUAAUGAUGAUGAUGAUGAUGAAGAUGAUGAUGAUGUUGAUGAUGUAGAUGGUGAUGGUGGUAAUAAUGAUGGUGAUGAUGGUAAUGAUGAUGAUGGUAAUGAUGAUGAUGGUAAUGAUGAUGAUGAAGAUGAUGAAGAUGAUAACGUAGAUGAAGAUGAUGAUGAUGAUGAAGAUGAUGAUGAUGAUAAUGAUGAUGAAGAUGAAGAUGAUGGUUAUGUUGGUAAUAAUGAUGAUGAUGAUGUAGAUGAUGGUGAUGAUGAUGAUGAUGGUAAUGGUGAUGAAGAUGAUGAUGAUGAUGAUGAUGAUGUAGAUGAUGAUGAAGAUGAUGAUGGUGAUGAUGAUAAUGAUGUUGAUGAUGGUGAUGAUGAUGAUGAUGAUAAUGGUGAUGAAGAUGAUGAUGAUGAUACAGUAGAUGAUGAUGAUAAUGUAGAUGAUGAAGAUGAUGAUGAUGAUGAAGAUAAUGUAGAUGUUGAUGAAGAUGAUGAUGAUACAGUAGAUGAUGAUGAUAAUGUAGAUGAUGUUGAUGAUGAUGAUGAUGAUCACGAUGAUGAAGAUGAAGAUGAUAACAUAGAUGAUGAUGAUGAUGAAGAUAACGUAGAUGAAGAUGAUAACGUAGAUGUCUUCCCUCAGGGUGUUCAACAUCAGUAAUGGGAAACAGAAGCGGGUCUUCAAAGGCGCUCAGGGCGAGGACGGGACGCUCAUUAAGGUGUUUUUUUCUCAUUCUGAUGGUUUUUGUUUUGACCUCCAGCUCGUCCAAUCACUGCUCACCUUCUUCUUCUUCUUCUUUUUCUCCUCAGGUCCAGAUUGACCCAUCAGGACUCUACAUCGCCACCUCCUGUUCAGAUAAAAACAUCAGCAUCUUUGACUUUUACUCUGGAGAGUGUGUGGCCACCAUCUUUGGACACUCAGGUGACCUUUGACCCUUUCCUGUCCAAUCUCUGAAUCUGAAGGUUAAUGACGUUAGAACAGGUCAGUGAUUGACAGCUGAUGAAGCUCCGCCUCUUCACAAUAACAGUGUGGGUCAGUGUUAGCACAGUUUACUGCAGCGUAACUCCAUCGACAGGUAGGGGGCGCUCUCACCGGUUUGAGUUGUUCCAGGUUUAUGGUCCUCAUCGAGUGUCCCCGGCAGACCUUAGUGGACCAGAACCUGCUGUUGUCAGAAUCUGAUUUUGGAUCAUAUGAAGGUCUUCCCUGAAGAAGUCCUGGUCUGGAUGGACCCAGAUUUUGGUCCUAAACCUGGAGAUGUUGUUGGAACCUUCACAGAAGACCUGGACUCUCACGAUCCUCAGACCAUCAGGGAUGCUGGACUUGGACUGGGAGCUGAGGAGGACCCUCUAGUCCUUUAAGAGUCCGGGAUUUCCAAAAGGAAGUCUGAUUUGGAUCCAUUAGACCUCAGGAGGGUUCUCCUCCUCCUCCCUCAGUCCACCUUAAAUGGGAUCAGGUCCAGUAAAGUCUCUGGUGGUUCUGGAUCCUGGUUCUAUGUUUUAACCUCUGUGUGUGUGUGUGUGUGUGUGUGUGUGUGUGUGUGUGUGUGUGUGUGUGUGUUUCAGAGAUCGUAACAGGCCUGAAGUUCAGUAACGACUGCAGACACCUGAUCACGGUUUCAGGAGACAGGUACGCCGACCUCAGAGUCCACCUGACAAACGCCACACGUGUUCCUGUUUGUAACUAAUGUGUGUGUGUGUGUGUGUGUGUGUAGCUGUAUCUUUGUGUGGCGUCUCCCUCCUGAGUUGACCAUCAGGAUGAGGCAGCGACUCGCUGAUCUUGGACCUGCUGCUACCACUCUGAAUUCCCAGAAUGCACCUGAGCAGAGAGACAUGAGGUUCAGGUAAGUUCACCUGCUGAGAGACGAAGAAUUCAGAACAAGAGAUGACUCUAAAAACAAGAAACUGUGUGUGUGUGUGUGUGUGUGUGUGUGUGUGUGUGUGUGUGUGUGUGUGCGUGUACAGAGGAGAGCCGUCUCCUCGUGGCGUCACGUUGUCAUCUGACAGUGAGAAGGAGGAGGAGGAGGAGCUCAGUUGCCCAUAUAUGGUCACAGCAGGAAGCCUGAAGGAGGAGACGGGUAUGUUACCGUGGUUACACUGUACACUUAAACUAACACGCUAUAACAGCCUGUGGGCGGAGUCAGAGUCCCAUCGCAUCAACAUCCUGAUUCUCCGUCGAGUCAAUCGAGAAUAAAAACAGAAAACCAAGAAUUUAAAUUUUAAUCCUUUCAAAAUAAAACAAACAAACUUCCUGUUCAAACUGAUCAACGUUGGUUCAGGGUCAACAAAAGUCUCCAAACCCACGACUGCCAGACCAACACUAUCAUUUUCUGAAGAGUGUGUGUGUGUGUGUGUGUGUGUGUGUGUGUGUGUGUGUGUGUGUAGAUCUAUCAGCUGAUUGUCCAAACGCUCUUGUUUCUCACAGAUGUGUGUGAAGAGUUUGUCCAUGAGGACGACAGCGGGACGGUCAGUUUGAAUGUCUUUUUCAAUAAUAAUACUUAAUAUUGACGUUCAGUUUGUACUUUAUGAUCGAACCUGACGAUGACAAAUGAGAAAGAGACAAUGUGUUCAGAGGAGAUUUAUAAGAAUUUAUUUUGUUAAAUUAGAUUAAAGUUAAAUUAAUCCAAAGUUUCUGCAUGUGAAAAACACGACAGACCAGAUAGUGUCUGUUAACAUUCAGUUCUAACAGGUUUAUAAGUGACUUAUAACAUGUUCAUAACAGGUUAAUAACAUUUUUAUAAAACAGGUUUAUUACAUAUUUUAAUGAUUUGUUAUGGGUUUACUACAUAUUUAUAACAGGCCUAUGACUAGUUCAUCCUGGCUUUUUCACACAUUUAUUAUGGCUUUAUUACCUGUGUAUAACAUGUUAAUAACAGGUUAAUAACAUUUUUAUAAAACAGGUUUAUUACAAGUUAAUAAUGUAUUUAUGAAAGGUUUAAAAAAGGUUAAAACAAGUUUAUUACAGGUGAAUAACAUAACAGGUUUACAACAUGUUAAUAGCAGGUUUAUUACAUCUUAAUAACAUGUUUAAAACAUGUUUAUAACAGGUUUAUUACAAGUUGAUAAUGUAUUAAUGAAAGGUUUAAAACAGGUUUAUUACAUAAAGGGCAAUAAAAGGUUUAUUACAUAUUUAUAACAGGCCGGUGACUAGUUCAUCCUGGCUUUAUCACACAUUUAUUAUGGCUUUAUUACAGGUUGUUAACAGUUAAAAACAUGUUUAUUACAGGUACGUUACUCCUUUUUAACAUUCAAUGAACACGUGUCACCUGUUCAAACAGGUGUGUUACCUGUUCAAACAGGUGUGUCACCUGUUCAAACAGGUGUGUCACCUGUUCAAACAGGUGUGUUCCCUGUACCUGUGGUUUUCUCUGAGUGCUUUCACAUCCUUGGUGUCCUCAGGACAUUUUUGGGGGUCGGCUGCCUCGGCGUCGAUGGUCCAGGAGGUCAGGCGGCGAAGAUGGCGUCCUGAUGGUGAAGUCCAUGUUGGACCUGAGACUACUGGACUCCUUCAGUAAAGACAAACAAGAGGAGGAGCAGCAGGAGGAGCAUCAGGAGGAGGUGAUGGUAACAACACCUCUAACCCACAGGAUGCAUGUUCUGUCAGCGCCCUGUAGUCGUCCUGUUACACAGGAAGUGAUGUAGUGACCGCAACCCCAUCACAGACACGUCUCCUCGCCUGAUUAUAAAGACCAUCGACUGUUUAUCUGUAGAGAAGAAACACUUCCUGGUUCUGAUCCAUGUGGACCAGAACAGAACUUUAACCCGUUCACUCUGAAAGUCACAGAGGAACAUUCAGUCCAGAAUCAAACCCAGAAUCAAACCCAGAAUCAAACCCAGAAUCAGACCCAGAAUCAAACCCAGAAUCAGACCCAGAAUCAAACCCAGAAUCAGACCCAGAAUCAAACCCAGAAUCAGACCCAGAUGAACAGAACCACAGGAGGGGGGGGGGGGGGGGGGUACAGGAGCGUGUAGAUCCUGGAUCUGGAGGGUUCGACCAGGAUCCUGCUCCCACAGAACAUGGAUCCUGUGGGUUUUUAACGCUCUGCUCCUCUUUGAAAGGCCGACAGUUUACUGACCUCUGACCUCUGACCCCCACACACAGGGACAGAACCGCCCCCGUCAUCUCAGCACCACCUCAGGAAGGAGGGACCAACAAGGAGAGGGGGGGCUUCACAGGACCAAUCAGGAGCGAGGGAGCACCAUCAGUCUGCAGGUCACCUCCGCCUGGGUAAGUGCUCACCUGUGCAUGAGGGCGGGGCUUAAGUGUUUGACUUCAAACUGAGGUCACAUGACAGAUCAGGUCACAAUGAAGAUGAACUGAGGUCACCAGUCAGAUCAGGUGGUUAAGGUUAGGAAAGGUUGUGGUAAGGUUGAAGUAAAGAAAGGUCAAGGUAAGGUCAAGGUCGAGGUAAGGUCGAGGUCGAGGUAAGGUCGAGGUCGAUGUAAGGUCGAGGUCGAUGUAAGGUCGAGGUAAGGUCGAGGUCGAUGUAAGGUCGAGGUAAGGUCAAGGUCAAUCUAAGGUCAAGGUCAAGGGUCUUCAGUAGAUCAGCUGUAGUUUGUAAAAAAGAGACUGAAUCUCUCUUCUCUCAUUGGCCGAGAUCAUGACGUUGGGUGUGUCUGUGCAGGUGAAGGAUGACGAGGCAGAGACCAAUCAGAGGCCUGAAUUCAUUCACCUGUCCAAUCAGAGUCCAGACAGGGAGGAUCCAGUGCUGUAUCCUGACCAAUGGGAGGACAGAGUGAGCCUGGCAGGAAGGUUUGACCUCGUCCUUCAUCAGCAGCUUCGUUUGUGUAAACCCCGCCUCCUGAACCCCCUUAACCACGCCUCUUCCUGUCAGUGAGUUUCAGGUGAAGGAGGCGUGUCCAGACGGCGCAGGUCGACGUCACGACAAACCGAGUCCUGACAGCGGCUGUUCCCUGGGGUUCAACUCGAGACUGUCGAGUCCAGCUGGACCUGCAGGAGGGGGUGAGACGGGGGGGAGAGAGAGAGAGAGAGAGAGAGAGAGAGAGAGAGAGAGAGAGAGAGAGAGAGAGAGAGAGAGAGAGACAGAGAGACAGAGAGAGAGAGAGAGAGAGAGAGAGAGAGAGAGAGAGAGAGAGAGAGAGAGAGAGAGAGAGAGAGAGAGAGAGAGAGAGAGAGAGAGAGAGAGAGAGAGAGAGAGAGAGAGAGAGAGAGAGAGAGAGAGAGAGAGAGAGGGAGAGAGAGAGAGAGAGAGAGAGAGAGAGAGAGGGAGAGAGGGAGAGAGAGAGAGAGAGAGGGAGAGAGAGAGAGAGAGAGAGAGAGUCUCAGGAGUUUUGGACCCUGUCGGUUCUGUUUCCUGUUGAUGUUUCAAAAUAAAGUCCCUCUCAGAUCAGUGCCUCACUCUCCAUUCAGACAAUAUUAUUGACAUUUGAAACACCAUGGCGGCGGCGGCGGCGG